AUGAUAAACUCGACAAUUGACAACUGCCUGACACCAAAUAAUGCCACAUACCAGGUGUUCUCCUGGCUGAUGGCUGCAGAGUUCAUUCUGGGUCUCCCUCUCAACCUGUCCGUCCUCUUUGUCUUCAUCUUCAGAUUCAAAUUCUGGAAGAACAACUGCAUCUUUCUGUUCAACAUAGUGGUUGCUGAUUUCCUGCUGGUGGCUUGUCUUCCCUUCAAGAUCCAUCACUAUCAGCACAACUUGAGGCGCAGCAGCAGCAAUGCCAUCUGCAAGACGAUGCUCUUCAUGCUGUUUCUCAACCGAGGCGCCAGCAUCGCCUUCCUCGUCACCCUGUCCCUCGACCGAUACUUCAGUGUCGUCCAUCUUGGGAGGAAAAACUUUGUCAAGAUCAUCAAGAAGUCUCCGCAGAUCUCCGUGGUCAUAUGGCUCCUCUUGCUGCCCCUCACCGUCCCCACGAUGGUCAACACCUUCGAGUGCUGCAACAGCCAUGGCCGGGAAGUGGAGACGUUUUUCCACGACGUGACGGACACCUUCAGAGAGAUCGUCUUCUUCACACAGAUCAUCUUCCCCUUCUUCAUCCUCGUCUACUGCACCGUUCACAUCGUGAACAGGCUGAAGAAGAAGACGGUCGGGGAGAAGACCAAACUGAGGAAGGCUGUCUUUGCUGUCAUGUCGGUCGUCGUGGUCUUCUCCGUCUGCUUCCUGCCCAGCACCUUAGCCCGAGCGGCGCUGCUGGGAGUACGGCUGAACAAAAUGGAGGACACGGAGCGCACCGUGGUGCAGGUGUACGACGGCCUCAUGGUUUUGUCGAACGCCGACUGUCUUCUCGACCCGCUGGUUUACUGCUUCUGCCACUCAGGCUUUAAAAAUGCUUACAUCAGCACUUUCUGCCCCACGUUUCUCCAAAAGGGAGCGCUGAAACCGGACUCCAGCGUGACGCCUGCCACGGCCACAGCUGGAACAGCUGCUAAAACCACGUUUUUACCAACGUUAGCAAACUGA